AUGAAGGAGAGAAAAGUUGCACGGGUUAACGAGUAUCCACCAGGUGUAGGUUUGUCCCCUCAUAUAGAUACCCAUUCUGCUUUUGAGGGGUUAAUUUUUAGCCUUUCACUCGCUGGACCUUGCAUCAUGGAGUUCAGGAGAUACGUUGAUGGUGAUUGGCGGCAUACUAAAGUUACACUUAGUACUGAUACGACAACAGAAAAUCCUGAAAAUAACUCCAAUUUCCUUAGAAAGGCGAUCCAUCUUCCUUCGCGAUCUAUGCUAUUGUUAUCUGGAGAGGCACGCCACGCGUGGAAUCACUACAUACCACACCAUAAGAUUGAUAUGGUGAACGACACUGUGAUUAGAAGAGGAUCAAGGAGAGUGUCUUUCACGUUUUGUAAGGUCUAG